UCCUUCCUGAUCAACUCAUAAUGGAAGAAGAAUGGCGAAGCCUUGGUGUUAAGAAAUCUCCUCACAUCUUACUUUUUAAACAUGAAAAAGAUUACCAAUUCAAGUAUGGCAUUCCACAACCUCAAGAUGAAUUAGUUGAGCAAGAUAAUCAGAAUGUGCAAUAUGAACAGAAUUCUCAGUAUCAACAAAAUAUCCAAUAUCGACAUCAAUAUCAUCAUCAAAAUGUUCAGUUUUAUCAUCAGAACGUUCAAACUGUUCAUUAUCAACAAAAUGCACAGUAUCAACAAUAUAGAUAA